AUGAAUCGAUUGCUUCUUUGCUCUAGGACACGCGCCCUUCAUCUCAGUACCUUGGGGUGCGCAAGGGACGACGCCAUCAUCCAACAUCUCUCCGCUGCACGUUCACUCGAGCUUUACGCCAACUAUAUCCCCUGGAACCACUACCUCAACCGACAAUACCACUUCCCCGAACUCGAGUUUCUUUGGCUCCAGCGUCCAGAUCACAGUUCGUCCAUCGCCAAUGAAGCCCUUCGGGUUCGUACACCUAGACUGCGCACGCUCAGGAUGGACAUGGACGUGGUUCUCGAUGAUUCCUCCCUUCGCGUUCUCAUCCUCGGGUUUCAAGCCAUGACCCAAGAGCGAUUGCUGUACUUUGGCACCCUGCUCCAACAAUCCCCCAACUUGACCAUCUUGCACGUCGACGACUGCGUACGGUGCUCUAACCUUGAUUGGUCAAAAGCCCUACUGCCGCUCUCAAAUGGUCCACUACGCGAACUUUACCUCCUGCCGACAGUUGGCCAUACAUCCUUACAACACGCACCAGAUGUGUGUUUGCCUUACGUUGAGAAGGUAGUUCUGCGAUGCUCUGUGGCCAUCAUCGCACCUCGCGUGCAAGAUGCCGACAUUUUCAACGCGCAUUGGAGUGAUCUGUUUCGUAUGCUGCGUGGCCUUACCAAUGCCUUUCUGCUCGCGAUAUCGGGCCAGGCGACAGGACGUCGUUACCAAGAUGCACGCGCACACAAGUUGUUGUUCCCCAACCUACGGUUCCUCAAGUACGAGGGUGAUGUCAACGAGAAGCUCUUCACCGUCAUGGACGCCAUCACCGCUCCUUUCGCCGCCCUCUCGUUGCGCGCCUCGGUCGCCACCAUUCAGGCACUAGAUACGUGUGACCACGAGGCAAACGUUAGAGGAACGACGCUCGCGAAAGAUAUCGACAACCUUAAUCAGCUUCGGACGAUGUUGGAAGAAAGGCUGAGGAGCGAAGACGUGACUCUGGACAUACAUUCUUUUGCGGAGGUCAACUCCGACAUCCACCACAUACGAUUCGCCCUGUUCGACACCGAUACAGCUUCUCGCGUCAGCACGACGUGGAACAUACAGUCAGCUGGCAUCAUCAUCGACACAGCACUGCAUAUCAACUUUUGCGAGUUCACCGCGCGAUAUGGGCUCCUGGUGUCGGCGUCACAUAUCCUCACAGCUGUAUCACUAGAAGCAGUGACAGUAAUACACAUGCCCAUCUCGCUAUCUGGCCCUCGCGAGCAUUGGCGUGGCACGAUCAUCAACGGGGCUUGGACUCGCACUCGCUACACCCCGACCUUUACCGACUGGACGUUCCUGAACGCUCUGAACUUACCCGAGAUGGAAGAUAUCGAGCUUCUCUACCAGAAUAUGGAGCGUAUGAGGAACGUGCGAGAGCUCGAUAUGACGAUGAUUCGAGAGACCCCGACUUGCAACUACGCCAUGCUCGACUUGCUAUCAACCGAUGAAGACAGCGUCCUUUUACCUCUACUCGGUAGAUUGACGGUGCGAGGCAUGUUCGGUCACCCAUCCACGCAAAUAGGCGCUGGAAAUUGGUGGGGACAGUUGAUGAAGAUAGCCGCUUAUCGCCCAGGCCUGGAGGUGGAGUUUAGAGGGAAUAUCUGCAACUGUAGACAUAACCUUCGGACAUCUGCAUCACUCAACCGUCUACGCCGCAUGAUUCAGAACGUAAGCGUAGUAGCUGAUACAUGCGAACUGUGCACUUGA